CAACUGAAACUUUCCGUGGGAAAACUUCUCCAUUCAAUCACAUGGUUGAGGGCAAAGUUUCCCUAAGCCCAGAUCGUAGAUAAUAAACUCCUACUCUUCUUUCAACAGAUGCAUAAAGGAAAAUUUCACUGAAAUUUAGGAUCAAUUAUGAAUGGUUUUAUAUUUUUUAUUCUUUGCGCUGUUACCGGAUCUCUAGCAUCACCGACAUGUUCCGGUGAUGUAGAUCGAGAAUGCGGCUCACUUGGAGACAAAGAUUGGAGAGGAAGGACAUGGCCAGAAAAUGCAAAAGAACUGGAUAAAGCGUGCAGGAAUGUACAAGUGGUCCUUGACUGCCAAAUCGCUUACGUGCAAAGAUGUCCGGACUCAUUUCUUGCUCUUUUUGAAGAUUACAUGAAGGAAUCAAAAAAGCUUUAUGGAAAACUUUGUUUUAAAUUGAGUUCAUUUCGGGGUCAAUUUUUGAAACACGUGACUUGUUUGAAUAACGUCACCAUUGAAUUGUAUAACUCAUGUAAGAAGUCAGUACCAGCUCUAAAACCAAGUCAAUUUUGUGCGUAUAAUACCAAAGUUUUGGACUGCGUGAAAUCUAAUCUUGAGAAGUCCUGCGGAGAAGAAGCUUUACAGGUUUUCAAUGGACUGUAUCAGCCAAUAGUGUCCUUGGAUAAAAUAUUUUGCAAAAAAAGUGCAGAAAGAAGCAGAAAAAAGGAUUUACCUAUGCCCUUUCAAAAUGAAAUGUAGUUAAAUAUUGACAUAUAUAGUUAAAUAUCCAUAAAUAGGUAAAAUUAUGCUUUACGUAGUUACAUACUGCAAAUAUGCGUUAUAUUAGCAUGAACUUAAAUUGUUAAUCUUAUUUUCUUACAUAAAAUUAACCCAACAGCUUUAUUUUAAUGUUCGUACAUUAAAAAAAAUUUCAUUUUAUAUUACAUUUCAAGUUUGCGUUUACUUAUAAUUUUACAACAAUACUCUUUUGACAAAUGAAGUUUUAAUAGAUGUUUAUACUUAUUGCCAUAAUAAUGAUUUCUGUCUAAGAUAAAAAAUAUGCCUUAUAAUGUACUGAGAUGAUUCGUAAAUUUAUACCUGAAUAAAGAAGUGUUCAUUUGUUGUGUAAA